GCGAACAAAGGCGGCGGCAGGCGGCGGUGGCGGCGCGGCCGUGCGCGGCAGCCCGCCCGCCCCUGCUUCCUGGGCCGGACCAGGCGAGGCGGCCCCCGCCGCGAAGCGGAGCCGCCGCAGCAGCAGCGCCGGUCGCGGGGCGCGCUCGCCGCCCGUCGCGGGAGCUGCAUGUGCGCGGGAGCCGCGGCGGAGGAUGGCCGUGCUCAAGCUCGCCGACCAGCCACCCCUGGUCCAGGCAAUUUUCAGUGGUGAUCCAGAAGAGAUACGGAUGUUGAUCUACAAAACUGAGGAUGUCAACGCCUUGGAUGCUGAGAAGAGAACCCCUCUUCAUGUUGCAUCAUUCCUGGGAGAUGCAGACAUCAUUGAGCUUCUCAUUUUGUCAGGCGCUCGUGUCAAUGCCAAGGACAAUAUGUGGCUGACUCCUCUCCAUCGAGCAGUUGCUUCAAGAAGUGAAGAAGCCGUGCAGGUGCUCAUCAAGCACUCGGCCGACGUCAACGCCCGGGACAAGAACUGGCAGACGCCGCUGCACGUGGCGGCCGCCAACAAGGCGGUGAAGUGCGCCGAGAUCCUGAUCCCGCUGCUGAGCAGCGUCAACGUGUCGGACCGCGGCGGGCGCACGGCGCUGCACCACGCCGCCCUCAACGGCCACAUCGAGAUGGUGAACUUGCUUUUAGCCAAGGGGGCAAACAUCAAUGCUUUUGACAAAAAGGACAGAAGAGCUCUUCACUGGGCAGCGUACAUGGGUCACCUGGAAGUUGUUGCCUUACUGAUUAAUCAUGGUGCAGAAGUGACUUGUAAAGACAAGAAGGGUUACACCCCACUUCAUGCAGCUGCAUCCAAUGGGCAGAUUAACAUUGUGAAACAACUCCUUAACCUGGGGGUGGAGAUUGAUGAGAUGAACAUCUAUGGGAAUACUGCACUUCACAUUGCCUGUUACAAUGGUCAGGAUUCUGUUGUUAAUGAGCUGAUUGACUAUGGUGCUAAUGUAAAUCAGCCUAAUAACAAUGGAUUCACCCCCUUGCAUUUUGCUGCUGCCUCCACUCAUGGAGCACUGUGUCUUGAACUACUAGUGAAUAAUGGGGCAGAUGUUAAUAUUCAGAGUAAGGAUGGGAAGAGCCCCCUGCACAUGACAGCUGUCCAUGGGAGGUUCACGCGGUCGCAGACCCUCAUCCAGAACGGAGGGGAGAUCGACUGUGUUGAUAAGGAUGGUAACACCCCUCUGCAUGUGGCUGCAAGAUACGGACACGAGCUUCUGAUCAACACCCUCAUCACCAGCGGAGCCGAUGCUGCCAAGUGUGGGAUCCACAACAUGUUCCCUUUACACUUAGCAGCGCUGAAUGCCCACUCAGACUGCUGCAGGAAAUUGUUGUCAUCGGGCUUUGACAUAGACACCCCCGACAGCUUCGGGAGAACGUGCCUGCACGCGGCCGCGGCCGGAGGUAAUGUAGAAUGUAUAAAACUCUUGCAAAGCAGUGGAGCAGAUUUUAAUAAGAAGGACAAAUGUGGAAGGACACCUUUGCACUAUGCAGCUGCAAACUGUCAUUUCCACUGCAUCGAGACACUGGUGACAACAGGAGCCAAUAUCAAUGAGACAGAUGACUGGGGACGCACCCCUUUGCACUAUGCUGCUGCUUCUGACAUGGACAGAAAAAGAAAGAAUAUUUUAGGUAACUCCCAUGAAAAUGCUGAAGAACUUGAAAGAGCCACUGAGAUGAAGGAGAAAGAAGCUGCAUUGUGUCUCGAGUUCCUUCUCCAGAACGAUGCCAACCCAUCCAUCCAGGACAAGGAGGGCUACAACACUGUGCAUUACGCUGCUGCCUAUGGGCACCGCCAGUGCUUGGAACUGAUUGGAAGCAAAACUCCAUUGGAUAUACUUCUGGAAAAAACAAACAAUAUGUUUGAGGAAUCUGAUUCUGCAGCUACAAAAAGUCCUUUGCAUUUAGCUGCCUAUAAUGGUCAUCAUCAAGCUCUGGAGGUACUUCUCCAGUCCCUGGUUGACCUGGAUAUUAAGGAUGAGAAGGGACGCACUGCUCUGGACUUGGCUGCGUUCAGAGGACACGCUGAGUGUGUGGAAGCUCUCAUCAGCCAGGGUGCUUCUGUCACUGUCAAGGACAAUGUCACCAAAAGGACCCCCCUCCAUGCCUCAGUGAUUAAUGGCCAUACACCUUGUUUACGGUUGUUGCUGGAAGUUGCAGACAACCCUGAUGUGACAGAUGCCAAAGGACAAACUCCACUAAUGCUUGCAGUGGCAUAUGGGCACGUUGAUGCUGUUUCUUUAUUACUUGAAAAAGAAGCAUCUGUAGAUGCAGCUGAUCUCCUGGGAUGCACAGCUUUACAUCGAGGGAUCAUGACUGGGCAUGAAGAAUGCGUUCAGAUGCUGUUAGAGAAAGAAGUGUCUAUUUUGUGUAAAGAUGCCAGAGGCAGGACACCUCUGCACUUCGCAGCAGCUCGGGGUCACGCCACGUGGCUGAGCGAGUUACUGCAGGUGGCCCUUUCCGAGGAGGACUGCAGCCUCAAGGACAACCAAGGCUACACACCCCUGCACUGGGCUUCUUACAAUGGUCAUGAAAACUGCAUAGAGGUACUAUUGGAACAAAAACUUUUCCACAAGUUCUAUGGUAAUAGCUUCUCUCCAUUGCACUGUGCUGUAAUCAAUGAUCAUGAAAACUGUGCAUCACUACUCAUUGGAGCCAUUGACGCCAGCAUUGUCAAUUGUGAAGAUGACAAAGGAAGGACGCCCCUGCACGCCGCAGCCUUCGCCGACCACGUGGAGUGCCUGCAGCUGCUGCUGAGCCACAGCGCGCAGGUGAACGCGGCCGACGGCGCGGGCAGGACGCCGCUCAUGAUGGCAGCGCACGGCGGGCACGUGGGCGCCGUCGACUUUUUGGUGAACAUUGCCAAGGCUGACCUGACAUUGAAAGAUAAGGAGCUGAAUACAUCUUUGCACUUGGCUAGCAGUAAAGGUCAUGAAAAAUGUGCCUUGUUAAUACUUGACAAGAUCCAAGAACAGAGCCUUAUUAAUGCAAAAAAUAAUGCAUUGCAGACACCUCUUCAUAUUGCUGCACGAAAUGGUCUCAAGAUGGUGGUUGAAGAGUUGCUGGCCAAAGGGGCCUGUGUCCUGGCAGUAGAUGAAAAUGGUCAUACGCCAGCCCUGGCUUGUGCUCCUAACAAAGACGUGGCUGACUGCCUGGCACUCAUUUUGGCUACCAUGAUGCCUUUUUCUCCCUCCAGUUCAGUGACGGCUUUCAACUUCACUUGUUUUAAAAAAGACAAUUUGGGCAGGACGCACCUCUGCGAUGGCUCCGCUAUGGGUAGCAUUAACUCUUACAAUAAGCCCUUGAGUAAUAACAUAGGAACAGAGGAUGGGUACAAUGAAAAUGAUUCGGAUUCUGAAACAUUCUGACUCAUUGGUAUUCAAAACCUUUUUCGUUAUUAUUUCAUUUCAGCUUUAAUUUUUGUCUUUUUAAACAGCUUAAAUCCCACAGUUAUGAUCUUAACUAUUAUUCUUGACAACUAGGUAUUGAAAGAUUUGUAGUGUUGAUGAGAAUCAAGCCUAUAAAUAACAAAAUUAGAGGGAUUUACUGGAACAUAUUCCUAUUAGAGUUCUGCAGCUUUUCAGUUUCCUAAUGUUUUCUUUAGGCCCAAAGUGCCCCUGUGAAAAGUCUCUACCUCUUAUUUUAAGUAGAAAAACAAAAAAUGCCUUUUUUCUUUUUGACAGCACAAAUAAACAGGGAACUGUUUGUAAAGAGUUCUUUCAUGUUUUAGCUGCACCUUUAGUACACAAUCCUAUUUCCAGCAUAGCCUUCACAGAUUUGAACAUCACCCACCCCCUUCCUAUGUUUGUCUGUUUCCUGCUUCCAGGGGCUCUGUUAAUUAGAUAAUUUUUUUACAUGAACCAAAGGUAAAGUUGUAAUCUUAAAACUGCCUGUGUUACUUUUCUACAGGAAAUGAAACCUUUUACAUUCUGCCUGUAUUAAGCACUUAAACGUACAGAAGGCACUUUUUAUAGUUCUUAGUUGCAGUACACAAUUAGAAAAUGUAAUUGUUAACUCAAGGCCAAAUUCUGCUCACCUCACCAUAUUUUCCCAUGAACAUCACUUCUGUAAAAUGCUAAUCACUUGGCCCUUAUUUUUUUUCGAUUCAGCACAAAUGUGUAUGGUUUAUUUGCACUACAGAAUUAGGGUCAUUAGAUGUUUCUGUCACCUGAGCCAUUAAUUAUGAAUCCAGUACCAGAAAAAAAAAUGGGGAGAGGGGGAGAAAUCAGGUGUAGACAAAUGUGUAUGUAAGUUUAUAAUGCUUUGCCAACUUAAAUGGCGCUCUUUUCCUUUUCUAUGGUUAAAUAACUUAUUUUUAUUGUAAAAAGUAUUGAAUUUGAAAAUACUUUUGCCCAUGUUUGGACUAACAGAGAAAGGAAAGCAAUGAAAGUGUAACACCAAAAGUUGAAAUAUCAAACACCAGAAACAUAGCAGUGUACCAUGCAGGGGACCAGAUAGAUGCUAAAAAGCCUUUUGUCACCAGCUUUUAAAGCAGUGUCAACUUUGUGAAUAUGUUUACUCCUUCUGCCAAAGUUUCUAGGUCAAAUGGACCCCGACCCUCCUCUGCAACAGAUGUACAAAAGGAAGAAUGAGACUUUGUAAACAAAAACAAAAAAACACAAAAAAAUACCAUGAACUAACCAGCCGUACCAAGAGGACCAAAAUGCUUCAGUAAUUAAAUUGAAGACUUUGUUACUUUUAUUUUUUUCUUCAAAUGUGAGUGACAUAAUGAAGUAGUUUUUUCUAAAUGAUAAAAAUAGAAACUUUUGAGGUAAUAGUAGUCUUGGCUGAAUUUUACAUUUUAUGACACAGGUUUCAAAUUGACAUUUUUAACUGAUGUGUUGACCACAGCUGGGGUUUUUUCCCAGACUUAAGAAUAUGUUCAUAUACUUUUAAUGUAAAUGUGUUUCUAUUUAUUUGAAAUUAAACAAAUGCCCAGGAAAAAUAACUAUGGUUUGUUCUCCUAGUUAGCAUUCAUGCAUACUGAAAUGAAAUGUGAAUCUGGCAAGACUGAGGGCCUGAGGAGCAAAAGGAAGGGUGGAUGCAUUCUGGGAGACUGCCCAUCUUGUAUGGAAUGCAAAGAUCCACUGGCUGUGUUGGGAAAAAGCAGAAAGCAAAAUACCUUCCUUUGUUUUAGGGCUUAAGAAAGAGAUCCAGCCCCUUGCCAGACAGGUGAGAAAACCCACGCAGCUGUAGCAGAGAGGGGAGAGGUGGCAGAGCUUGGAGCCAGGUGUUCCUGUUCCUGUCAUUCACACUCAGCUUGUCUCAGGCCUGUGUCUCUGCUGAGAGGGUAAGAUGACUUUCCUCAGUGUUCACCUUUGGCAGGGUAAAGGAAAAGUAAAGAUUUGAAUACUUAAAACUCUGAAAAUAAGCGGAGAAAUCAGUUGUUUAAAUUUCCAGUGGUGCCUAUUCCAAAAUGAAUAGUAAUCCCAAAUUUCGGGUUUGGUUUUUUUUAUGUGGAAGGAUGGCAUUGAAAAGAAACAUAUGGGAAAUAGCUGCCACCUGUCUAACAGCAGAAUCAGCAUUUUCAUCUUAUUUUAAGCAGAAAUGUAGGCAGGCUCCUUGGCAGGAUUAGUUGCAAGUCUUACCCUGAAACACAGAAAAUUACGCUAUCCUACAUGGCAAUGGUUCAUUAAGAGAAAACCAGACCUCUUUAUAAAAAAAGUUGUCGUAUUAUUUUAAGCAGCCAUUUUUUAAAUUUCAGUAUUUUUACCUGCUACCAUACAGUGACCAAAUACCUCGUACCACUGGUGAUUGUGUAGUGCAACAGCUGCUGCCUCUUAGUGCAUCCCAGCAGCAGAGGUGAUUUAUUUCUGAGUCACGCUGGUCCUUCCAGGAGCCAAAUUAACCUUUACCCACAAAACCCUACAAUGCACAUGUCAUGUUUUGAGGGUGCUGGAUUUAGGAGGAAAACUGCCACGAGUGAGACACUCAGAAGUGCUCAGUGUUGGCCUGUCCCACAUCUCGUGUGAGUUACCAGAAUCCCUUUUUUUGGUAUGCUAGCACAUUAAUCUGUAAUCUAUCACAUGUAGAAAUAAAUGUGUAGUUCAGGGCAGAUAUUUAGGCAUGGGAGUGAUGCUACUCUUGUAAAUAAUCUCCUUGCCUUUCUGUGGACUUCUCACAAGAGUAAUCAUACAGAAUUGUUGCACUUAACCCUGGAAUCCACAGCUUAGAACAAAUGGACAACUUGUGUGUGUGCACCCAGCAGAGGGCCCCUGGGGAGGGGCAGCUCCCCUCCCUGCCCAGGUAUAGUGGCAGGAUCCUUUCAUCCUGUAUUUUAACCACAGCUGCAGGUGGAAUCCAGAGCAGGAUGGGCUCCCCAGUCUCUCUCAUAAAUACUGAGUUACAACCUCCAGACUGCCUGAAAUUGCUGUGAAAUAGCUCAGGGGAUUUCUGUUCAUCGCUACUAAAAGGGCACCAUAAUGUGUUUGGUACUUUUAUGCAGUCAACAACUGCCAGGUUAUUGAAUUAGAACAAACACAUGAAAUGAAUUGUUUAUCCAUUGUACUGUUGAGAAACUUGGUUAUGUAUUUGAGGAUGAUUUUAAAAAAAUAUUGUGAUUUUUAUUCUUAGUCAUGUAAGAAAUAUUAGAGUGCCUUUUUAUAUUUGUGUAUAAUGGAAAUGUUUUGUGCAAGUUGUCUUUUUUUUUUUUUUUUCAUUUGAGUGUUAUAAAAGCAAUAUAUUACCAGUAAAUUUUCAUUUCAGACCUUCUUUGAAUGUAUAAAGUGUUUCUUCUUUCAUAUGUUCUACCUGCAUUGAAAUGAAAAUUAAUAUGCUAAAUUUCUAUAGGAAUAAUGUAUAAUUUUUGCAGUGCUGAAAAUGCUUUCUUAUUACACAAAAAGUAAACUUAGGUCAGUGUUAUAGGAAAGGGCGUUUUAAACUAGUGACAAUCUUGAGUGUGUGUAUAAAAUGUAAUUUUAUGCAUUUCUUAUGCAGUGAUCUACAUAUUAAAGCCAAUAUCUUAUGUUUUGUAGUUUUUGUCUUAUAUUUUAUGCUUUAGCAUGUGCAAUAUAUCUUUACAAACCAUGGUGAUAUGCAUCUGGUGCCAGUGUUAUAUUUUGCAUAACAUUUGUAAUAAAUGAUAUAAAACAUUGUUUGAUGGUUUCAGUGGGGUUUUGUCGGUAUUGUUUGCUUUUGUAAAUUGAAGUUUAAGGACUUGGAUAGAUGUCACAUAUGAAAUGAGGAAAAAAAAAUUCAUUGAUUGACUUAGAAUUCAACCUGAAUCUUCUCAAGCACAGUUUAGUAACUUUUUAAACUACUGAAUGCUGUAUUAAUGUAAUAAAGAAGCCUAACUGUAAACUACUAUUGCAAUGCAUUCAGAUGGUUAUUUUUACAAAUAAAAAUGGUACAAAUACAGUGGAAAA